UUGUUAAUGAAUGAACGAUUUUACGUUUCGUGUCGCGGGUCGUAGAUAUUUUGUUUUGUAGUACCGUUUUAAAAGGUUAAUAAUUGGACUUUUUUUUUUCUACAAUGGAACUUAUGUGACAAUAAUUUCGGUGCAAAAGUGAUUUAUUAUCCGGAUAUUAUAAUACUUAGAUUGGAAUAAUUGAAAUCUACAAUAAUUGAUCACCUUGAACGGAUUGAGUUCGGAAUUCUAUACAAUGGCACCAUCGAUCCGGUUUCCUGCGCAUACGUCAAAAACGCACCCGGACGCGUCUAGUCACCGCAACGGAAAUGACGCUACCGGCAACCGCGCGUCAAUCGCGUGCGGAUAACAACGCGACCCGACGAAAAACCGCCUGUCUGACGUACGGAGCGUGGGCGGACGCGAACAGCAGAGCGACGGCGCGUGCGCAGACGCGUCGCUCGUGGCACGUCGGCUACGGCGCGUUGCACGACGUGGAGGAGGCCACGAUUGCCGCUGUGGCAGGCGCACUUAACGGCGGAGGUUGCAAAAGAGGUAAAGUGGCCGAACAAGUUUCCCUGCUCGAACCAUCGAAACGCGCCCCAGUGAUUGUUCAGCCUCCAGGUCGCCCUCAAAAGCCGCCCCCCGUCAUCAAUCAGCCGCCCCCUGUUAUCAAUGAACCUGCACACCAGUCGGAGGCGGCCGGCGGCCUUUUUUCCCGACUGCGAAAAGGGCGGCAAGGCGAAAACGAUCAGCUAGUCAAGAAGAACGGACGCCCGUCGCCGCCCUCGGCCGCCCUUCUGAAACCAGCCGGGAGCUUCGCGAAUUUGAAAAAAUGCGAGACUGUACUGGCCCUUACCGGGAUUUUAAGAUCAGCAUCGAGUACGUCCUCGAUCGAACCGCUCCAGCCUCAGAACCGGCUCAGAGUACCGCCCGAUUCCAGAAUUUGCUCGCGCUGUUCCAGCUUGCUGUCGCUAGCGUCGAGUUCGCGGUACUCGCUCGACUCGGCGGCCGGCAGCUUCAUCCGGGUACCACCAACGCCGGACGCUUUACCUCCUAUUCUGUGCAAAUUGUGCCUGGACGAGGUACCGUCCGGUAGCGUUGUCCGGAUCGGACAGUGCGAUUGUGCAUUUUGUUCAAAGUGCAUGAAAGCUUACGUGGAAUUCGAAAUAGCCGAGGGAGCGUACGACAUUUCGUGUCCCGAUGCACAAUGUCAAUUUCAGGGAGUUUUGCAGCAAGACGAGAUUAAAAGACUGGCAGGCAACGAUUUGUUGGACAAACACAAAAAGUACAGACUAAAUAGAGAAGUCGAAUUGGACAAGAGCCGCAUGUGGUGUCCGAGAGCCGGAUGCGAAACCGUCUGCAGAUUGUGCCCGACUCAACCCUGCUCGCCCCAAAGCGUUUUGUGUCCGACUUGUUCGACAGAUUUUUGCAGUAACUGCAAACUGGAAUGGCACCUGGGAGUUACGUGCGAAGCGCACGGUAAACAACUGGCGAAAGACGGGAAAAUCGUGCCCGACGUCGGCAUACCCUUCGAUUCCGACUUGAUCAAGUGCUGUCCGAUGUGCGGCGUGCCCAUCGAAAAGGACGAAGGCUGCGCCCAGAUGAUGUGCAAACGAUGCAAACACGUCUUUUGUUGGUACUGUUUGGCUAGUUUAGAUGAUGACUUUCUACUACGUCACUACGACAAAGGCCCGUGCAAAAACAAACUGGGCCAUUCCAGAGCCUCGGUAAUCUGGCACCGGACUCAAGUAAUUGGAAUAUUCGCUGGAUUCGGUAUUCUACUGCUGGUAGCUUCGCCCCUGCUACUCUUGGCAGCUCCGUGUAUAGUUUGCUGCAAGUGCCGCAUAUGCAAUGCCGGUACCACGAAACUCGACAACAGCGAAGACAUUCAGCACGACGAUACGUGAUCGACUUUUAAUCUUUUUUAGUGGUUGUGACUUUAUUUAUUUGACCUGAGAAUUGGGAGAAUCUUCUUUAUAAAAACACGUAACAUUUAUGAAUCUCCUACAUUCAAAAUCCUCUGCUUCUAAUCAUUGGCAGAAAGUUAAACUACAAGUGUUUAAAAAAUAAACUUUUAUUUUGUGAUUUUCUAAUUAGAUAUUAUUUUAAUUUAGGUUUUUUUGUUUUAAUUAAUGAAGUCUUCCAUUCAAUAAUUUAUUUACCAACCACCAAAAUAAGUAGGUACUUAAUUAUAUGUACAAAACAAAUACCUAUAAUAUUAAAAAAAAAACGAAGGUGCCUUUUAUAAAGAAAAAUAUCUUAAGUGGACAUUUAUUUAUAUUUUGGUCUAGUCUAGUCUUUAUUAUUAGAAAUUAUAGUUUGGAACAUAUUUACCAAACAAAAUAUAAAGGUAAAUUUUGAGUUUAUACACGGACGGGACCUGUGAUAGAACUGUGAUGCGUAAAAUGCCGUCUGUGUCUUAUAAACUCUCUGUUUUUUGAAAAUGGAAGGCAAACUUUCAUUUCUGUUUAAUAAUUUUUGGCAUCUAUUAAUCAUUGAAGGUCCAAAUAUCAAAGUAAAUUAAGGUGAACUAAGAAGCAAGUUAUAUUUAUAUGUAUAAACUAUAAAUAAAAAAAGCAAAGCUACUUAUAUACAUACUUAUGUUUUAUAUAAUAAAUUGUAAAUCUGUUAAAUCUAAUUUAGGUACCAUGUACUUAUUUAUCUAAUGAAUAUUUACCAUGUUUUAUGUCAAUGGAAUCUUAUUGUUUUAUGAUUAUAUACCUACCUACUAAAAAUGGAUCAUUGCAAGAUUCCAUUACAUAAAAGUGGAGUAUGAUAAUAGAUUGUGUUAAUAAAU